AUGGAAGAUGCAGAACUUGAUAGGCAGAUAAGGUCUCUCAACAAUGGAUCUCAACAACUUGAUAACAUUCUGGCGAUGGAGAGAACCGAGUCUGUUCGUUGGGGUCUUGGAUAUCAAGGGGGUUCUGGCUGUGAUAGAGAAGGUCAAAGUGAACGAAUUAUCUUUGUCAAAAGCAGUGUUGCUACAGAUAUUCCUCAAAAACAAGAUGGGUCUGUGCAAUCACCAGGACACGUUUGA